UCUCAUGCGUCCCAGCGGCGGAAAUAAAUUAAGGGAAAGGAUGCCUCUCUCUCUCUCCGCCGCUCCCGCCGCCGCCAACGGAGCCGCUCGCCGCCUUGUCUAUUCUACCCGUCGGUGCCUUCAACGCGUCCGACAAGAUCGAAUAUUCCUCUCUGUCGUUCGGUGUCGAUAUUCUACUGUGACUCGCAGUUCGAUCAGAGGCAUGGCUGAUGUGGAAACCCAGAAGGCCCCCUCUCCUGCUUUAUCUACUGGGCACAAGCAAGCAUUAAUAUCAUUGUCAGAUAAGCGAGAGUUAGCUUUUCUUGGAAAUGAACUCCAAUGCUUAGGGUAUUCUAUUGUUUCAACUGGAGGCACAGCAUCCUCGUUAGAAGAAUCUGGUGUCUCUGUCACCAAGGUUGAAGAUAUUACCCAUUUCCCAGAAAUGCUAGAUGGUCGGGUGAAAACUUUACAUCCUAGCAUACAUGGUGGCAUUCUUGCUCGAAGAGAUCACCAUCAUCACAUGGAAGCCUUAAAUAGGCAUGGUAUUGGUACAUUUGAUGUGGUGGUGGUGAACUUGUAUCCAUUCUAUGAAAAAGUUACUUCUUCUAAUAAAAUUGCUUUUGAGGAUGGAAUUGAGAAUAUUGACAUUGGUGGCCCUACCUUGAUACGAGCUGCAGCUAAGAAUCACAAGGAUGUUUUGGUUGUUGUCGAUCAUGAAGACUAUCCAGCUGUCUUGGAAUUUCUGCGCAGAGAACAAGAUGAUCAGGAGUUCCGCAGGAAACUGGCCUGGAAGGCUUUUCAGCAUGUUGCUACUUAUGAUUCAGCUGUCUCAGAGUGGUUGUGGAAGCAAACUGAGAAUGGAGAAAAGCUUCCACCCAGCUUUACGGUACCACUCUCACUCAAAAGUACACUUCGAUAUGGUGAAAAUCCUCACCAGAAGGCUGCAUUUUAUGGGGACAAGAGUAUAUCCGUGGUCAAUUCGGGUGGUAUUGCCACUGCCAUACAACAUCAUGGGAAGGAGAUGUCUUACAACAAUUAUUUGGAUGCUGAUGCAGCAUGGAAUUGUGUAUCAGAGUUCAAGAGCCCUACUUGUGUGAUUGUGAAGCACACAAAUCCAUGUGGUGUAGCAUCACGACAAGAUAUUCUUGAAGCAUACAGGUUAGCUGUAAAAGCUGAUCCUGUCAGUGCAUUUGGUGGCAUUGUUGCUUUCAACACAACAGUUGACGAGGAUCUUGCGAAGGAGAUUCGAGAAUUUAGGAGUCCAACAGAUGGUGCGACUCGAAUGUUUUAUGAGAUAGUGGUUGCACCUAAAUACACAGAGAAAGGCCUCGAGAUUCUUCGUGGGAAGUCCAAAACCUUGAGGAUUCUUGAAGCAAAAAAGAGUGAGAAAGGAAUGCUCUCACUGAGACAGGUUGGUGGGGGCUGGUUAGCUCAGGACUCGGAUGGCUUAACCCCAGUAGAUGUCAAAUUCAAUGUGAUGUCGAAAAGGGUUCCACAAGAGGCCGAGCUCCACGAUGCAGAGUUUGCAUGGCUUUGUGUCAAGCAUGUCAAGAGUAAUGCCAUUGUAAUAGCUAAGAAUAACUGUAUGCUGGGAAUGGGGAGUGGUCAACCAAAUAGGCUGGAGAGCUUAAGAAUUGCUUUUAGGAAAGCAGGAGAAGAAGCAAAAGGAGCUGCAUUGGCUAGCGAUGCAUUCUUCCCAUUUGCUUGGAAGGAUGCGGUUGAAGAGGCAUGCGAGAAAGGCAUCGGAGUGAUCGCAGAGCCUGGAGGUAGCAUCAGAGAUGGAGAUGCUGUGGAGUGCUGCAACAAGUAUGGAGUUUCUCUUCUCUUCACUAAUGUCAGGCACUUCAGGCACUGAAAGAGGAUGUAGGUAGCAUCACUGAAGGAAUCCAAGGUUUAUAUAAAUUAUUUAGAAUAAAAUGGGGAAACUAUAUAAUUCUAACGAGUCGAGACCAAAAUUCUUAAACCAAAAAACACUGCUUAUUGAUUUUUGUCUCUAUCGGGACAUUGCGCUCUC